UUUAUUUGCCUAAAAGUAAAGCACUUUUAAAAUGGAAGCUUUGGUGAUAACCAGAUUAGUUGUUACAGUGACCCAUGUUGCAGUCGGUGCUGCUUCUGUGCUUUUCCUUAAGUGCUGUAUUACAGAACCUCAUCUUCAGAUACCUGCAGAACAGGUCCAGGAUUCAGGUGUGGCUCUACGAACAGGUGAACAUGCGGAUAGAAGGCUGUAUCAUUGGUUUUGAUGAAUACAUGAACCUAGUUCUGGAUGAUGCAGAGGAGAUACACUCAAAAACAAAAUCAAGGAAACAGCUGGGUCGGAUCAUGUUAAAGGGGGACAAUAUUACUCUUCUGCAAAGUGUAUCUAACUAGAACUUGUCAUUCGGGCUACGUCUAGACUGCAUUCCUCUCUCAAAAGAGGAAUGCACGUGAAGUGCGGAUUUACAAAUCCUGCGUUUCAUUUGCAUAAUCGUGUCCAAGCAACCCUUUUUCAAAAGAACCUUUAAAUCUCACUUUUUUUUUUUAAGGAGUAAGGAUUCUUUCAAAAAAGUGGUGGUGGGGGGGGGGGGG